AUGCCAAACAGCGACCACCUCUUCCAUCCUCACCAACCUGAAGCGAACAACGAAGCACAAGUGAUCGAAGGACAAGUGGGUAAUGGAGUAGAUGGAAAGCAUUACAACCGACGGUAUAAGCAAAGACCUUAUGGCGAAAGAUCUUAUGGCGAAAGAUCUUAUGGCGAAAGAGCCAAUGGCGAACAAAUGGACCGACGCUGGGCUGGCGCCGUAGAUAGGAAGCCGGGAACAGAAGGCGCAGCAGAUAGUAACUAUGGCCGAGCCGGUGGUGACGAUAAAAUGCACCAGCAAGGGCGGCAACAAGGUAGACAACAACAAGGUGGCUUCCGUAACCGCUAUCCUCGAGGGGCCAAGUAUCGGGGACCUAAAACACAGCUAAAGGAUCCUUAUCAGAACGCAACAGACCUAAUCAUAGUUACCGACCCCUACCAGCAGGGCAACCGAAGACAGGAGGGUCUCUCCUCAUCUUCUUCUUCAAAUGCGCCCACAACUACCACUGCGAUCACGCCCGCAGUUACCCAGGGCGUGGACCUCACCCAGGGCGUGGACCCGACACUCGCUAUGGAACUCACACAGCGUGUCGAAAACACACAGGAUAGCCGCCCCCAAGCCGGUGUGGCACCCAGUAUGGCACCACGUGUGGCACCGAGUGUGGCACCAGGGGUUGCACCAGGUGUGGCACCGGCCAUCGUGCAGAGCAGCGAUACGACUGAGAGUAGCGAAGCCGGGGCAGCCGUGAGGAAGGAGUACGUGGCGCGUUCAUAUAACUCGAAGGAGGCGGUCCUGCACGGCGCCAGUCAGGCGCCUUACAGCGAAUACGCCGCAUACGCUGCUUACGGUGCUCCGGCGGCCUUCGGCACUGGGUACGUAGGCGCCAACGGACUGUCAACGGGGUUGUACCCCGGAGCAAUGGCUUCUAGCGCAGUGCGCUCCGGUGCCGUGACCUCAGGACCGGUGUUUACUGCAGGGGGGCUCCCUCCGGGCGCUCUCGCCGUGCAUGGAGGGGCAGGCACAAUGCCCUCCGCGGUGCACGGAGGGGCAAUGCCCGUGGUGGCAGUGCCUGCUGGAGAAGAGUACUUUAGUGCGUACUUGGACGAUGCGACGCCGACGCCGAAUGGUGCGAGUCGUCAGCGUUUAUUGUUGGGUACCUUGGCAAAGUUGUUGAGUCGUGAAGGCGUGGCUGCAGACCCGCACCUGUCGGCUGCUCUGGUCCAGUUGGGCAAGAAGCGGCGCGGCUCCGAGAGGUCAGGCGGCCCUGCAGGGUCGGGAGGGCCGGGACAAGCGGUGGCCUUACCGGUGGAGGCGUUGUUGAAGCACCCGGCAUUGCCGCAGCUAACGGCGAACGAGCUGCACAAACUGCUGGCGGAAUUGGUCAAGGACGAAUUAAUCGAAAUGAGUGGGAACGGCCAGGCCAUCCUACCGCUCAUGCAGACCAAACGCCGCACGGUCAUCAUCCGGGACCCACGGGAACAAGACAACGCUUACCAUGAAUUUAUUUUGAAGGUGUGUCCACACAUCACCCACCCUUCAGACGUACUUGGCGUCUACGCCGUCGUGAACCCUUUCAGCUCCGCCGUAUUCAUCACCUUCCGCACUGAGGAACUCGCUCAGAAGGCCGCUCUCUGGCUGAACGGCCGCAACUUCAAUGGUCAAACCCUUCGAGUUGCAAUCAAAAAUGAAUCGCAGUACUCACUCUGCCAACUUAUGCCAUCUACCGCGACACAAGGAGUAGCUCAGGGCAUGGCCCAGGGCGUUGCUCCGGGCAUGAGCCAGGGCGUGGCCCAGGGCGUAGCUCAGGGUGUGCCCCAGAGUGUGGCUCAGGGUAUGCCCCGAACCGUGACCCAGGGUAUGCCACAAAGCGUAGCCCCGGGUAUGGCCAGGAACGCACCCCAAAGCAUGGCUCAAGGCCUGGCCCAGGGCGCGGCUCAAGGCAUGGCCCAGGGCGCGGCUCAAGGCAUGGCUCAAGGCGUGCCUGGGCCAUUUGGAACGAGCAACCCCGGAGCUCCAACUCGGCCGUCAAACGGAUAUUUGCCGUACAAUGCUAGUAAGGGGGCCGGAUCUAACGUCUCUGUCUACUCUACGGCUGCGGGUGCGGCGCAAUUUGGUGCCGGUCAAUUUGGUAUCCCCACACUGCAGUUCAGUAAUGCGGCGCAGCCCUUUGGGAGCAGUGCGGGGCAGGCGUGUGGGGUAGCGUCUUAUGGAGGUACUGCGUAUGGGCUGGACGGCAAUCAGUUCACCAACCGGAGUGGCCAGUAUGCCGGUCGAAAUUACGUUAAUCGAAGUGGUCAGUAUGGAAAUCGAAGUGGUCAGUAUGGAAACGGAAAUGGGCAGUACGCGGCAGGGAGCGGUCAACAUACGGCCGGGAGUGCAACCGGAAGCGUAUCCCCAUACGGUGAGGGCGGUGAGUUGGGGAUGUACGGGUUGGACGACCCGGCGGAGUUCCCCCCUUUAGAUGGGGGCAUGCGUCGUUAA